GAUUCAUAACACACAACAGACACCCGGAAGGUUGAAACGCGCAUCCAGCAGAGCAGAAUGAAUCGUUUCAAGACGUCCAAAUUCAAGAAUACCACUCCGAAAAUCCCCAAGAAAGAUGGUUGGAUCGCUAAUGUUCGAGGAGGUUCCUUCUCUUCUCAGGGCAACCACAUCAAAUCCAGCUGCAUUCUCGUGGCCUUCAACACAGAUCAAGCUGGUGGUGGAAUGGUCGGCCUGUCUUCGGUGAGUCCUGGAUCUGAUGGGAAGUGGAUUGUGACCCAGAUUCCAUGUCACGCUGACCAGGUGACUGAUCUGGACUUCUCGCCAUUUGAUGACUACCUUCUGGCAACCUGCUCAUCAGACGAGACGGUGAAACUGUGGCGUGUGUGUGAUCCGGACCAGAGUCAGCCGAGCAGUCCUGAGGUGACUCUGAGUCCGGGAGACAGCCGACUGGAAAUCGUUCUCUUCCACCCUGCGGCCUCCGGUCUGAUCGCUGUGGCGUCCACAAGAGGAGUUCAGGUGUGGGACACCACGAGAGACUCCGCCCUGACAGUACUGGAACAGCACGCCGAUCAGCUACAGGGUUUGGCCUGGAAGGAAGAUGGCUCUCUGUUAGCUUCAUCCUGCAAGGACAAAAAGCUGCGGAUCUUUGACCCGCGGGCCCAGACGUCAGCUGUUCAGUGCACUCAAGGCCAUCAAGGUAAUAAAGACUCUCGUAUCCUCUGGGUUAAAGAUGACAACUUGCUCACCACUGGCUUUAAUCAGGUGCGUCAGCAGGAAGUGAGGCUCUGGGACAGCAGGAAGUUGAGCUCGGCUCUCAGCUCCGUGUCAUUGGCCACCUCCAAUGCGACCCUAAUGCCUCUGUUUGAUCCAGACUCUGGACUACUUAUAGUGUCCGGAAAUGGUGAGAGCGUAAUCGACAGUUUUGAGGUAGCUGCCAGCGAGCCCUACCUGUCUCAAGUGAGUCACUGUUUGACAGACGCGUCGACCCGGGGCGUGGCCCUGGUUCCCAAACGCGCUCUGGACGUCAGCGUCUGUGAGAUUUUGCGCGUGAUGCAGCUCACGGAUAACUUCAUAGUGCCCAUCAGCUACCAGGUGCCUCGCAAGGCAGGACAGGACUUCCAUGCAGACUUGUAUCCGGACACUAUAGGUCACACUCCGGCCAUGAUGGCAGCUGAAUGGUGGACAGGAGAAAACAAACAGGUGGAGAGAGUCAGUCUACACCCAAACAAGAGGCCAAAGCCCAACACUGCACCAACUAAAGAGACGUCGCCAAAGGAUCUGCCCUGUGGCAAGAGCAAAGAGAAGGAUUCGACCUCCAGCAGUCCCUUGAGCACCCCCAGCAGCAGUGCCGCCCCAUCACGUUCUCCAUCCUCAACCAGCGGUCUGUCGUCUGGCUUCCUACCAAGUCCAAGCCCAAGUCAGAGCGCCCGUGCCAUCCAGAGCAUGCUUGGUCCGAGUUCGAAGUUCCGGCACAUCCAGGGAAGCGUUCUGCAUCGAGACACCCACAUAACCAACCUGCGGGGACUUCACCUGACCACACCAGGAGAGUGUGAUGGAUUCUGUGCUAAUGGGCAGCGUGUGGCAGUUCCACUCGCUAUCACCGGAGGACAGAUCGCUGUGUUUGAGAUGUCCCAGCCAGGGAAGCUGCCAGACACGGCCCUCCCUACUGUCCAGAACUCAGUCAAUGUGGCCGACUUCUGCUGGGACCCGUUUGACCCAUACAAACUGGUCGUGGCUGGCGAUGAUGCCAAAAUCCGCGUGUGGCAGAUUCCUAAGGGAGGCCUGACGGAGACCUUGACCGAGCCGGAAUGUAUUUUGCGGGGACACACUGAGAAGAUCUACUCCAUCAAGUUCCACCCUCACGCAUCUGGCCUGCUGGCAUCCUCGUCAUAUGAUCUUACAGUGCGACUGUGGAACCUGGAGACCGGAGAAGAGGUCAAACGACUCAGUGGACAUCAGGAUCAGAUAUUUGGAAUGGCUUGGAGUCCAGAUGGGAAACUGUUGGCCACUGUGUGUAAGGAUGGAAAAGUGCGCCUGUACAACCCACGCGGAUCCACUCUGCCUAUCCAGGAAGGCCCAGGGCCUGAGGGCCAGAGAGGGGCACGUGUAGUGUGGGUACAUGAUGGCAAGAACCUGCUGGUGUCUGGAUUCGACAGUCGCAGUGAAAGGCAGCUGUACCUGUUCUCCGCUGACUCCUUGGCCUCCGGUUGUCUGGCUGCCACCCCCGCUGAUGUAUCUCCCUCCACCCUUAUCCCGUUCUAUGAUCCCGACACCAGCGUCCUCAUACUUACUGGGAAGGGUGACACAAGGGUGUAUAUAUACGAGAUUGUUCCAGAAGCGCCAUAUUUUAUGGAAUGUAGCAGUUUUAAUUCCUCUGAACCACACAAGGGAUUGUGCUUCCUGCCGAAGACUGAAUGUGAUGUUCGUGAUGUUGAGGUUGCUCGAGCCAUCCGACUCAGCAAGACCACCAUUGAACCCCUGGCCUUCAGAGUGCCUCGUGUCAGAAAAGAGUUUUUCCAGGAUGAUGUGUUCCCUGACACUGCAGUGUGUUGGGAGUCGUCUCUGACCGCGGCUGCCUGGCUCUCAGGAUCUGACGGACAACACCGCAAAAUCAGCCUGAGACCCAAAAACAUGACGCCCGUGAGUGAAGCACCAAAAGAGGCUCCAGUGAGAAAAUAUCUGCCCUCCUCCGUCUAUCUGGAGGAGAAAACUGAUGAACAGAAGAAAGAGGAGUUGCUCAGUGCUAUGGUUGCUAAGCUGGGUAACAGAGAAGAUCCACUGCCGCAGGAGUCUUAUGAGGGAGUGGAUGAAGACGAGUGGGACGACUAAUCACAAGCUUUGCCUCGCGGUCCAGUCAGGGUCCCAACAGCAGACAAAGAGCACGUCUGCUAUAUUUGAAUUGUGCCAUUCCAGGGUGCCAACAAACCUCUGAGCCACAAAAACAAACUCCUCAAUGCCCCACAGCGUCACCUCCAUACAUCAGAUUCACUCUCAUACACUCCAGUGCCUCUGUUUGCCUUCACAACACUGUACACGAGAUAAUCACACACACACACACACACACACACACACACACACACACAACAUCUUAACCAGUUGUUUUGUCCUGUGUCCCUUUUAAACUAUCUAAACAUCUUUCAAAUAAAACAAGAAAAAUGAUCUACCCAUGGGGUAAAACAAACCUUCAUUUAAGAGAUUUUCUGAAGUCUUAAUCUAUAACGCAGUUUUAGAUGUUUCGAUAUUUUUAAUGGACUCUUGUUGGCAAAAGAAAUCUGUUAUUACGGUUAAAUAUGACUCUUCACACAUUUACCUGCAUUCAUAUGCAAAGACAUACGCUCAUCUCAGAUGCAUGACGCACAUACAUCGAUCCAGACUUAUAUUGUUAUACAGGGUCAGAAACAACUGGACUUAUUCUGUGACGUUUUUAAUGAUGACUUUUGUAUUGUACAUGUAUGAAAACUGCACGAUUCCUUCUUCUUUAACCCUAAAAAUAAUGGGACUGUUUUAUCAGUGAAACCUGCACUUCAUACUCCAAAUCUGUAUAAAAAAAUACAAAUAAAUCUUUGCUUUGACGUGCCAUCAUUUGAUUAUUAAAGCGUGGUUGAAUCGGUUCUUGUACUUUUAUAUUGUGGUAAUUUGUAGGUUUAAAUAUCUUCACAUAGCAUAACUCUUUAAUAUGUGUGAAGCAGAAUUUCUAUAGAAAUAAUCAGGAAAAUGCUUGUUUUUGUUAAAUAUCCUCAUUACAGUAUAUCUUGAACAGUAUUAACAGCCAUCAAUGCAAUUACUUCAUGAGAUGUUUGCUUUCUCUUAAUCGGGCGUAUCAUGUGCGGCAAUACGACUAAUCUAGUUUUGUUUCGUUUUAUACUGAAUGUUUACAAAUGGCCGGAAAAGACUUCUGCAUGUUAUGGCACUCGUACCAUGUGACGUCCUGUGAUUGACAUGCGAUCAUGUAUUCAGUGGAUAUUAAUACAUAUGUGGAUGGUCUGGUAUGUGAUUUAAUAUGUGAGCUCAUUUGUUACUGAUCUGAUGUUUUUUGGGGUGCUUUUUUCCCCAACACUUGUAAUUGCAUUUGUUUUAACACUUCGGAUGCAAUAAUGUUUCUCACCUCUCUUGAUUGAAAUCUGUCUUGUGGGAAUGUUGCCU